AUGUUUACUGUCUUGAAAUCCGUCGUCGGUGGCGCAUUGGGGACGGCGCCGCAGACUACCCUUGAGAUUCUAAGUGCCUGCCCUGUGACAGAUAGUCCUUACAGCGCCGGCGUUCGCGUGGGGAACACCACUUACGUGAGCGGCAGGACGGGUGGCGAUCCCCUCGAUGGCCUGGUUCCAGGGGGAAUAGGUCCGGAAACUCGACAAGCACUGAAUGCGAUAAGGAGGCUCCUGCAGGUGUACGAAUACGAUUUGAAUACCGUGGUGAAGGUGACGGUGUAUCUUGCCGACAUGAACGACUACGAAGAGAUGAAUGAGGUCUACUCAGAGAUUUUUAAGAACCACUACCCCGCGCGAUCGGUAGUACAAGCGAUAUACGUACCGGAAGGUUCCCGCUUGAUCGUGGAUGCAAUUGCAGUCGGGAAAAGUAUGCAAUCGAUGAAAAUAACAUCCUCCCCGUCAUUGCAGCCAUGGGCAGUUGGCGCCAUGCUUGAGUAA